AUGUCUCUUUAUGCAUCAGUUAUUUGGUUGAUUCUUUCCAAGGUAGGCACCGAGAGGAAAGAUGGUCUCACUCGAUUUAUUUCUGCUACUUGCAGCUCUGUUAUUAGAGCUAUUGGGUCAGGCUGCGGGCUGCCUGGAUCCUGGAUGGGCAGGCCUAGAGGUGGGAAGGCCAAGGAAUCGAUGGAAGCUGCGAAGAACGAGGACGCCGGUAGCGCGGGCGAGGAGGUGAUCCCAGCCUACAAGAGGAGGGGACGGCCACAGAAGCUUCGCAAGCACGACGCCGAUGAGGAAGAGGACACCGCCAAGGUUGAAGACGACGGCGACGGCACAAAAGAAGAGAUUGCGCCACGCAAGGAGUCGACGGGCGCAGCCGGGAAUGGAGGGAAGAAGAGGCGGCGGCAGUCGAAGCGCGGGUCGGAGUCAGCGACGGACGGGAAGGGCGGCGCUCCGGCGAGAGCUCCAACCGGAUUCCGGCAGAAUGGGAGCCGGCGGAAGAGCACCCCGCGGAGAGCUGCGGAGGCGGGGGUGGAGAGCAAGUGA